CACCUAUUGAACACUGAUGUCAACGGUUUAGUGUUGAAUAAAAGUGUCGAGUAUUGCGAUUCAAACCGACUGGACGGUCAUGAUUGCGAAGGCCCUACCGGUGCCUCCAAUACCGUAGUGUUAGCUGUUGUGGUGUUAUGGUUGGGCAACUUUUGCAAUGGCAUAGGAUUUGUAUCCUUUUAUACGAUAGGAAUUCCGUUUAUCGACGACUCGGUCAAGAAGAAGAAUUCUCCCCUUUAUUUGAGUCUCACGGGUGCGCUCCGACUCUGUGGCCCAACACUUGGUUUUAUGCUCUCAUCCUAUUUUGAUCCGGGUAUCGAUAGGCGUGACCCUCGAUGGGUGGGUGCUUGGUGGAUAGGGUUUAUUGCAAUCGGCACCGGUAUACUCAUAUUCACAAUCCCAAUGUUUCUAUUUCCCCGAAGUUUUACUAAAAGUGAUAAUAAAAUCAGUGAUGCACUCAAUGGUAACGCCAUAACGAAUGGAAGUCCUGCUAAAGUGUCUCAAGAAAAAACUAUAUGGGAGCGUACUCUACUCCUGGUCAAAAAUCCCAUUUAUGUUUGCUAUGUAUUGGGAACGACUGCCCGACUGUUUGCAGUGCUCGGGUAUAUGACAUUCAAAUCCAAAUACAUUGAGUCUGAGUACAAAACAUCGGCCUCUACUGCCAACCUAUUUUCCGGUAUAAUAGGUGUCGUGCCCACAGCUACCGGUGUAUUCCUGGGCGGGCUGUUUAUCCGUAGGUUCCUUCCCGGGCCUCGAGUACUGACAGCUUUCAUAACAAUUGUCGAAAUGAUUGGAGCGAUAGGUAUGUUCUCAGCCCUAUUCCUGGGUUGCCCUCAGUCCCAGUUCGCGGGAACUACACUC